UUAUAUUCCUAGUUGAUUCUUACUUGAAAUUAAAAAAAAAAAUGAUUUGAUAUGACCUUUCUAUUUAUCUCACAAUAACCAUAGAAUUCAGCAUUGAGCAAUGUUAUCAACCCUCUCUCUCUACACACUACACGAAUGGCCAAUUCAAUCUUAUUGGCUUUUUUGCUUUUGCUUUUGCUUUUGCCUUUUCAAUAUUCAUCUUCAUUCUCCCUCUCUGUGGAGAAACUCAAAGAAGACGUUAUAGUUUCACCCAAUGGCACAUUCACCGCAGGCUUUUAUCCCGUAGGAGAAAAUGCUUACUGCUUCUCCAUAUGGUUCACCAAACUUGCAUAUAAACAUGGCCAAAAUGCCACCAUAGUUUGGAUGGCAAACCGUGACCAACCAGUGAAUGGAAAAGGCUCAAAACUUUCCCUUCUUAAGAAUGGUAACCUCAUCUUAACAGAUGCAGGACAGUUCAUAGUUUGGACCACAAACACCAACUCAUCCAACCAACUUGAGUUUCUUUUGUACGACACUGGAAACCUCGUACUUCAAGAACAAAACAAUGGUUUCAUUCUGUGGCAAAGCUUCGAUUACCCAACAGAUACACUCCUUCCUGAUCAAAAUUUCACAAGGUACAUGAAGCUUGUUUCCUCAAGAAGAGAGAGCAACUAUUCUUCUGGCUUCUACAAGCUAUUCUUUGAUAACGACAAUGUUCUUCGUCUUCUUUAUGAUGGUCCUCAAGUUUCAAGUGUUUAUUGGCCAGAUCCUUGGCUUCUCGCUUGGGAUGCUGGUAGAUCCACUUACAACAGUAGCAGGGUUGCAGCACUUGAUCGUUUGGGGAAAUUCAGUUCUUCUGAUGGUUUCACUUUGAAGACAUUGGAUUAUGGGACAGUGCUCCAACGAAGACUAACCCUUGAUCAUGAUGGUAAUCUUCGUGUAUAUAGCUGGAAAAAGGGACAAGAUAUGUGGUUAAUAUCAGGGCAAGCCAAACAACAAGCUUGUAAGAUUCAUGGGAUUUGUGGACCCAAUAGUGUUUGCAGUGUUGAUCCAAGUGCUGGUAGUAGGUGUAGGUGUCUUCCAGGCUUCAGCAUGGUCAACAAUGAAGAUUGGUCUCAAGGGUGCAAACCAAACUUCCAACUACCCUGCAACAACAACAACACCGAGUCUCGCUUCUUGUUCCUACCCCAUGUCGCAUUUUAUGGAUAUGACUAUAACUACCAUGAGAAUUACACCUUUGAACAAUGUAAGCUUUUGUGUUUGCAAUUGUGUGAAUGUGUAGGCUUCCAGUACGACCCUUUUGAGUCCGCUAGUGUCUUUAGAUGUUACAUAAAGUCACAGUUGCUAAAUGGGUAUCAAUCAUUAGAUUUCACUGGAUCAAGCUUCUUGCGAUUGCCGGAAAGCAGAACUUUUUCCUUUGAGAAGAACCCCAUCAAAGAUAAUAGCUUGGUUUGUUCAAGAAAUGGAACAGAACUUGAAAGGUCAUACCUGAAUGACAAAGAAAAUGGAUCAGUGAAGUUCAUGCUUUGGUUUGCGUGUGGCUUGGGAGGUAUUGAGAUAGUGUGCAUCUUUCUGGUGUUGUGUUUCUUAAUUAGAAAUAGGAAACACCUCGGUGAAGACUCAAAGGGAUAUGUUCUUGCAGCAGAAACAGGAUUUCAGAGAUUCAGUUACUCUGAACUGAAACAAGCCACAAAAGGUUUCAGUCAAGAGAUUGGAAGGGGAGCUGGUGGAAUUGUCUAUAAGGGUGUGUUAUCAGAUAAUAGAGUUGCAGCAAUAAAGCAACUAUAUGAGGCAAACCAAGGAGAAAGUGAGUUCCUUGCUGAAGUAAGCAUCAUUGGAAGGCUUAACCACAUGAACUUAAUUGGCAUGUGGGGUUAUUGUGCAGAGGGAAAGCAUAGGUUGUUGGUGUAUGAGUACAUGGAAAAUGGUUCUUUAGCUGAAAAUAUCUCAUCAAAUUCACUUGAUUGGGGUAAGAGAUAUAGCAUUGCUUUGGGUACAGCAAGAGGACUGGCUUACCUACAUGAAGAAUGUUUGGAGUGGAUCUUGCAUUGUGAUAUAAAGCCUCAAAAUAUACUUCUUGAUUCUGAUUUUCAACCCAAGGUUGCGGAUUUUGGCUUGUCUAAGCUUCUCCAUCGGAAUGAUCUCAACAAUUCAAGCUUCUCAAGGAUAAGAGGUACAAGAGGUUACAUGGCACCAGAAUGGGUUUUCAACUUGCCAAUCACUUCCAAAGUUGAUGUUUAUAGCUAUGGAAUUGUUGCCUUGGAGAUGAUAACUGGAAAGAGCCCAAUGGCAAGUAUCCAAAUUGCAGAGGGAGCAGAGUCUCAUCAUGAGAGGUUGGUAACAUGGGUGAGGGAGAAAAGGAGAAAAGGAUCUGAAGUGGAAUCUUGGGUGGAAAAAAUCAUUGACACUGCAUUGGGAUCAAACUAUGACAUAAAUAAAAUGGAAAUUUUGGCUACAUUGGCUUUGGAAUGUGUGGAGGAAGAGAGAGACGCGAGACCCAGCAUGAGUCAAAUUGUUGAGAGGCUCCAAAGCUAUGAACAUGAUUCUUGAUGGUUGUAUAAAGAAUAGCCAUCUCAUG